AUGUUGUUCGACGUUGAAAGUCCAGUGUUGCUUGUUAGCAAAGUAUAUAAAUGUGAGCAUGGUCAUGAUACACCCGCAAGCUAUUUCCACGACACCUCAGAGGAUUAUACGUGCGUGCCAUUUGUUCUCACACACCGAUCUGGUAUGACUAUGCGGUUGGCAGAUGAAAUUGAAGAUUUAUUAGAUAGAGGAUUGGCAAUAUCGGCUGUUGAAGAGCUCAUAAAAGAAAGGUACAAAAGAACAUUAAGAAACAGGUUGCUCCGAUUUCUAAAUGACGCACACCAAGCGAAAGAAUUGGGGUUCACACAGUCAGCUGAGGAGUUAAAUUUUGACGUUCCUGGGAACCUUUUUCCCUGCCCAGGUGACAACUUGAUAAGAAGCGUUUACGUUGCAUCUUUUAAUGAGAAAAACACCUUUUACAGAGGCAAUGAAUUCGUUAAAUGCUAAAUGGAUUAGCUGUGACCACACCUUCAAGGCAGCUGCAAAUAUCGGCUUCGAAAGAAAAGAAGACAGCGCCUGGAUUACGCAGUACACAUCACUCUUUUGCAUAAUAAAUGAGAAAGGACAAGUAAUAAGGUGGUCGUUCGCUAUGUCAGAGAGUUUUGAUGAGGUAAAACCUCUUUUGAAGCUCUCUCGUUAG